CUUCCAUACAUAACAUAACCACACAUGUUAUUUGUGUUCAAUUUUGAUUUUCAAAUGUCUUUAAUAAAUUGUGUUUUAAGACGAACUUUGUCCACGUCCGCUGUGCGAUAUGGAAAGAAGAAUUUUAGAAAAUUCCCAUUGUAUAAUAAAAGAGGAUCGAGGAUUUUUAAACAACAGCAAAUGGAGAACCCAGAUCCAGAAAUUCCAGUAGACAAACGAGGUGUCAGAGACAUAGGAUAUAAAAUUGAUGGAAAGUUCGUCGCUAUACCUGAAAUGAUACCCGACAUAAUUGUGCCCGACUUAACAGAUUUUAAGUUAAAGCCGUACGUCUCGUAUCGGGCACCGGACGUAGUGCAAUCAGAAUUUACUGCGAAAGAUUUAUUUGAAGUGGUGUAUGCUCCAAAAAUUAGAAAAGAUUUCAAGGAGGGCAAACUGAACAAUGACGGAUCACCUGUCGAGCCUUCAGUGGAAGAAGCGCUUAGUUCUGAUGAUGCUGUAAAUAGGGCCAAACAAACUGGGAGUGAUAUUUUUGCAGCGACAAAGUCAAUAGAGUAGAUUUGAGGAGUUUUUUAUCAAAUUGGCUAGUAUUUAUGUUGUUUAUUGUUUACAAAUAAUGUUUUUUAUCAUGUGCACUAAACUACUGCAAUCGCAUGUACCUAUUCACAAUAAAUAGGUAGGUACAAUGCAUAUGUCAUUAAAAAUAAUUGCUUAGUUAACAUUAAAAGUAAUAGAUUUGUUUAAAAAAUUCUAUGGUA